AUGCGGAUGGACACGCUUCACUCGUUUUUCGGCAGAAAAAUGUCCAGAGAAGCCGACGUGGUGCUUUUGGGCGUGGGCAGAGAAAAAAACGAGGAGCUUGGGCUAAAGAUGCAUCUGGAAAACUCUGCAAGAGAUGCAAACUCGCUUGCAGUAUCUGCAUUCUGCUACGAGUUUGGAAUUGGCACUAGUGUCGAUAUGAAGAAAGCAGAGAUGAGAUACACUAAGGCUGCGUUGAGCGACAACGGGCUUGCGCUAAUUAGACUAGCAUUUAUAAGGCGGUUUGGCAGGCCUACGGCAACAAUAGAUCGGCGGGAGGCUAAGCGGUAUCUCGAUAAGCUAAAGCGCCUGGGCAGAAGAGGGGUGGAAUGGCUAGUUUAUGCAAACAAGCAUGGAAACCUUUAUGCCAGGUACUGCUUGGGGGUGUGCUACCAGGAGGGAUAUGGUGUUCCUGUAGAUCCGUUACUAGCUGUGAAGUACUACAGUGAGGGUGCAUAUGAAGGAAAUACCUGCUCGAUUGGAAUCCUUGGAUACUGCUUCCUAAAGGGAUUUGGAGUGGAGAGGAACGAAGAAAUAGCCGUGGAGCUCUUCAAAUAUGCGUCUGAAAAGAAGGACUCGACGGCGCUGUACAACAUAGGUUUCUGCUACGAGGAGGGGCGAGGGGUUGAGAGAAACCUCAUCAAAGCCUUUGAAAUGUACAGGCUGUCUGCAAAGAUGGAGAAUUCGUAUGCUCAGAAUGCAUUGGGCAACUGCUAUGAGGAGGGGAAGGGAGUGGAUAGAGAUCUCCAAAAAGCCUUUGAGCUCUAUAAGAAAAGUGCUUUGCAAGGAUAUCCGUCUGGUCAAUGCAACCUUGCGUUCUGCUACCAAAAGGGGAUUGGGACGGAGAGGAAUUUGGAAAAGGCCUUCGAGUGGUACAAAAGGGCUGCCAUCCAAGGACUCAGCAGGGCAAAGCAUAACAUUGGAUACUGCUACCAGAAUGGGCUGGGGACCUCUCCGUGUAUGCGUAGUGCCGUCAAUUGGUACAAGGAGUCCGCAGCUGAAGACAAUAAGUAUUCAAUACAUGCACUAGGGGUUUGUUACCAGCAUGGAUAUGGAGUACCCAAGGACGAAAGGCUGGCUGUAAGGUAUUUUAGUGAGGGUGUCCGGGCCGGCUUUGACGAAGCAAUCAUAAGCCUUGCAUUGUGCUACAGAUCUGGAAUAGGAGUCCGGAUCUCUCCGGAGAAGUCCUUUGCGCUGAUGAAGAGAGCAGCAGAAAUGAAUAACUCCUCAGCACAGAAUACCUUGGGAUACUACUACGAGGAAGGAUAUGGAACACCCAAAAACCUAAGAAAGGCAGUGAAAUGGUAUGAGACAAGUGCCAAGCGGAACAACUCAUGGGCGCUGUUCAACCUAAGCACCUUAUACCUCAAUGGAAACCAUGUUCCAGCAGACAAAGAGUUAGGGAUAAGGCUCCUGAUUAGGUCGAGAGAUUUGGGUAACCCCAGAGCAAUGAACACCCUGGGAUACUGUUUUGAGAAGGGCAUUGUUGUUGGGAAGGAUCCAAGGCUUGCCUUUGAGCACUACACACAGGCAUUGAUGAACGGAUACUCGAAGGCAGGGUAUAGUCUCGGAAGGUGCUAUGAGAGCGGUAUCGGAACUGAAGUUGACCUGGAUAAAGCUCUGUACUAUUUUUACAAGGCAUCUUCUGCCGGAGAAGAGGCUUCUCUACAGAGACUCAAGAAGAUACUGUCUUCAUUGGUUGAGCCAAACCACAUGACUAUCCCGCCCUGCGCCUGA